AUGCCCUCGUUAACUUCAUGUUAUAAGUUGGAGGAUGCGAAGAAUUUUGAAGUGAAAUUCAGUUGGCUGAUGUUAGGAAUGGAAACGAAAUGGGAGCCAGUCAUCCCAAAAGCACUCGCAUUCGUACUUACAGUUGGCAGAUUAAAGUACUGCAAACCGAUUUACAGGUCGUUGUUCAAUUGGCCAGCUGCACGGGCGUCAGCAAUUCAGCAGUUCGAAAGCAACCGCAAAAACAUGCAUCCAAUAACGGCAAGCGUUAUAGCGAAACUCAUGAAUUGA